AUGGCUUUCGAAGGUGAAAACUCCGAACUUUCGUAUAUCUUCGAAAGAAUGAUCAGAAACAGAGACAUGUCUCUCUUGUUAUCCUUCAUCCAAGGUCUUUCUCCUGUCUCUUCAACUCGAAGAAACACCGACCACAACCCAGAUCAAGAAUCGUCGAAUAACGAAGAUUCCAACCAUCAAAGAAUCAUCUUGGUGAAUCCUUCCACACAGCGCAUGAUUAUAGUGGAAGGAGUAUUAAGUCUCGAAACCCUGUUUCAGGAACUUGAAAAUACUACAAAGAAGGGUCAGCACCAGCUUCAAAGGAGUCGAUAA